AUGGCCACCAACGAGAAAAAUAUUCCAGUCUGUCGACCGCAAGCCCCGGAUAUUCAUAACACAAUCAAGAGCCUCAUACAUAACCAAAUCAACAUCAAGGACGAGACAGGCAGAUUCCUGCUUCAUCUGCAAGACGGUCGCAUAAUCGAUACAAAAUCCUGGAAGGGCUGGGAGUGGACUCAUGGCAUCGGCUUAUAUGGAAUAUGGAAGUACUAUGAGCUCACGGGCGAUGAAUCACUCCUCAGAAUCAUUGAAGAGUGGUUUGCAACACGAUUCGCCGAGGGAGGAACAACAAAAAACAUCAACACCAUGGCAGUCUUUCUUACAUUGGCAUUUGUCUAUGAGAAGACCAAAAACCCAACCUAUCUCCCUUGGCUCGACACAUGGGCCGAGUGGGCAAUGUACGAGCUCCCUCGAACACGAUACGGCGGUAUGCAACACAAAACCUACGCGAUGGAGCACAAGCAGCAGUUAUGGGAUGACACACUGAUGAUGACUGUCCUACCUCUUGUGAAAAUCGGCAAGAUCCUUGGUCGAGACCAUUAUAUUACGGAGGCGAAGAAACAGCUGUUGAUUCAUGUGAAAUAUCUUUGUGACCCUAAAAGCGGUCUCUUCUAUCAUGGGUGGACAUUCGAGGAUGGUGGUCACAACUUUGCAGGUGCGAAGUGGGCUCGCGGGAAUAGCUGGGUUACCAUAGUUAUUCCGGAGAUUAUUGAGAUGAUGGAGCUUUCUUCUGUGGAUCCGCUUCGGACCUAUCUGGAAGAUACACUUGAUGCUCAGUGCAAUGCUUUGCAGCGUCUGCAACAGUCCUCGGGCUACUGGCGUACUUUGCUGGAUCAUGAUGACGAAGGCUCUUACAUCGAAGCUUCUGCUACGGCAGGUUUUGCCUUUGGUCUUCUGAAAGGUAUGCGCAAGCGCUAUAUUGGAAAUCAAUACCGCGACGUUGCAGAAAAUGCUGUCAAAGCUGUGCUGGACUCAAUUGAUGAGAAUGGCGAAUUGCAAAAUACAAGUUUUGGAACUGGCAUGGGCGAUACGUUAGAUCAUUAUCGAAAUAUUGCUGUUACGUCUAUGCCGUAUGGACAGGCUAUGGCAAUGAUGGCUCUUGGGGAAUAUCUGCGGACUUACAUUUGA